AUGCCCUCUACUGACAGACUUCAGGCUAUUGCCUCGGCAACUUGUUCUGCCAAUCUUCCCACUAAAGGACCUAACGGACUUCCUCUUAACACAGAAACUGAGCCUCCAAUUCUUAUGACACAAGAACGUGCUAAGGCUUCAUUUAAUCCGCGAGAACUCACAUACUACCUUGAUGGCGGCAAGAGUCAAACAGAAGAUGUUGAGGCAAUUAUGCGUUCCAUUGAACGUGAUCCUCUUUUUAAUAAUGAAAAGUACUAUGAUUUAACCAAGGACCAGCUUCGUGAACUCACUGUCCAGCGCGUGGCUGCUCUUGCCACCCAUGUUUCUUCUUCUCCUCAAAUUCUUCAUAAACGGUUUGCUAUCACAGCCAUUGCUGAUCCAGGUACUGGUACACGCACAGGCGUGCACUACGGCCUUUUUCUAGGCUCAGUUCGCGGCUCUGGUACUGCCGAGCAAUUUUCUUAUUGGGUUAACAAGGGUGCUGUCGAGCUUAAGCGAUUUUUUGGUUGCUUUUCCAUGACUGAGUUAGGCCACGGAUCCAACGUUGCUGGUCUUGAAACCACUGCAACAUUUGAUUCUGAUACUGAUGAGUUUAUUAUUAACACACCCAAUCUCGCGGCAACAAAAUGGUGGAUUGGUGGUGCCGCACAUACUGCAACACAUACUGUCUGCUUUGCUCGACUCAUUGUUAAUGGUAAGGAUCAUGGCGUCAAAUCCUUUGUUGUGCCUCUUAGAAACACCGAUAACUGGUCUCUUAAGCCUGGUAUCGCUAUUGGUGAUAUCGGAAAGAAGAUGGGCCGCGACGGUAUUGAUAAUGGUUGGAUUCAGUUUACCAACGUUCGUAUUCCCAGACAGUUUAUGCUGAUGCGGUUUUCUAAAGUUGACCGCGAGGGAAAUGUUACUGAGCCUCCUCUUGCCCAACUGGCUUAUGGUGCUCUUAUCACUGGUAGAGUUUCUAUGGCUGCAGAUUCUUUUUAUGCCGCUUCUAAAUUUCUCACCAUUGCUAUUCGUUAUGCUGCAGUCCGACGACAGUUUAGUUCAUCACCAGGUCAACAAGAAACUGCAAUUCUUGAUUACCCUUUACACCAAAGACGUCUUUUACCUCGAUUGGCUUAUACUUACGCAAUGAAUGCAGCUGCUGCUGAACUUUACCAUCUUUAUGAUGUUGCUUCUUCUCAACUUGAGACUGUGGAUGUCACUGACAAGAAUGCUCUUGUCACUGCGGUUAAUGAUAUUAAGGAGCUUUUUGCUGUUUCAGCUGGUGUGAAGUCUUUCUGCACUUGGGCUACUUCCGACAUUAUUGAUGAGUGUCGCCAGGCUUGUGGUGGUCAUGGUUAUUCUGGAUACAACGGCUUUGGUCAGGGCUACGCCGAUUGGGUUGUUAACUGUACUUGGGAGGGCGAUAAUAAUAUUUUGACACUUUCAAUGGGACGCUCUCUUAUUCAAACUGCUAUUGCAGUCCGAAAGGGUACGUCUGUUGGCGGUGCGUCUGAAUACCUUAGCCGUCAUGCUGUUUUAGCCAGUUCCCGACUUGGUGAACGGUCACUUGAGGACCCUGCUGUCCUUAUCGAGGCUUGGGAAAGCGCUAGCUCAUUGUUGCUAAUGAAUGCCGCCGAUGCUUAUGAGAAGGAACUGGUAAAAUUUAAUGGCAACGUUGCUGCAGCAAUGGAGAAGAUUUCCCAGGCUAGAUUUGAGACGGCUAGAGUACACACUCGCUUGUAUAUUAUCAAAGCCUUUUUCAAUCGGAUUGAAAACUCCAAGAAUUCUGUUCCUGCAAAUGUCACAGAUAUUUUGGUCAAGGUUGCUAUUCUUUUUGCACUGUGGUCUAUUGAGCAGGAUACUGGCCUUUUCUUGAGAUCCAAGUUCCUUACCGACAAAGAUGUCGACACUGUUACUUCCCUUGUUGAUGAAUACAACCUUAAGGUUCGUGAACAGGCUAUUCCAUUAACAGAUGCUUUUAACUAUAGUGACUACUUUUUGAACUCACCUAUUGGAAGCUUUGAUGGAAAUGUCUAUAAGCACUAUUUUGAGAAGGUAGUCCGUCAAAAUCCAAAUUACAAUGCCAUGGCGCCAUAUUUUGAAAAAGUGGCUGCUCCAUUUUUCUUCAGAAAAGAAGAAGAACCUAUUGAUUUGGAAGCUCUGGGAGAGUAA